AUGUCGCAGGCGGAAAAUAUUGGCAGCUUAGUGGGUCUCGAGCUGUUGGAGCUCGGGUCGAACCGUAUUCGCGAAUACGACGAGAUUCAACUCCUGCCACGGCUUAAGUCACUGUGGCUCGGGCGCAACAAAAUCACGCACAUGCGGUUGCCGCCGUUGCCGCACCUUACCACGUGCAGUUUACAGAACAAUCGCAUUUGCGAAUGGGCACCCGAAAUUGCGAGCAGCUGCCCGGAACUGCAGGAACUGUACCUCAGCUUCAACCGCCUCACUGAGAUACCACCGCUGAUCAACCGUAUGCGAAAACUUUCGAUUCUGGACCUCGGUAAUAACGACAUCUCCCGAAUUAACAUUGACGAGCCCAACGACUGCGUCGAGGAGCUUUGGCUGAACGAUAAUUCAAUUGAAGAUGAGCGCGACAUAGAGCCCCUGAAGCUCUUCCGACGCCUCAAGGUGCUAUACCUGGAGCGCAACCCUAUUCAGGCGAAACUCGGGCCCGGCUACCGCAACCGAGUCUUGCACAUUCUGCCACUGGAAAGCGCCGGGCGACACGCCCGCGCGAAGCUGCGGAACAGCUACGUGGAGAGGUUGCCGAGGUCCCGCGCCGCUGCUCAGACACCAAGGGCGCACCAGACAGCCGCAAGCCGGCAGUAUCCGGUGCCCGGGCGCUCCACAGACGGACCAUUUGGGGACUACUUCACGAGACUGGUCAACAGCUCGCCGAAGCCGAGGGUACUGAGGAGCGCCGCCCACCCAGUGGCCAUUCACCUACUCAAACUGGCCCAUAGUGCCGCAUAUAGGUAA